UAGGGGCGGCCUUGGGUGUUACAUUGUUACCAUCGUUACUUUAGCUAGAACAUCAGUAUCGGAUACUAUGUCUUCUGAGUAGGAAUGUGUGUGUGGGUCUGGUCGUAGUUUGUAAUAGAAUGACUCAGUCAAUUUUCAUACAAGGUAACUAUUGAUAAUCACCCAAAUCCGAUUUUGUUUUGCAGUAGGUCAGUGUGGCAAUCAAAUCGGUCACCGAUUCUGGGACUUAGCUCUUGCAGAACACGGAAUUGCCAAUAAAGGAUGCCUUCAUGAUAGUUCAUUUUCUUCAUUUUUUGUAAACGGACCGAACAAAAAAAGUGGUAUCCUGCCUAAAAUUCCUGGCCUCAAAGCUAGAGUAACUAAAAUUCUGAAUUACAGUCUCGAAGGCUUUGCUCGUAGAUAUGGAAGAAGGCGUUGUCAAUGAAAUAUUAAAGGGACCAUUAAAAAAUAUUUACGAUUCCAGUUACCUGAUCACUGACGUUUCAGGUUCCGGAAACAACUGGGCAGUGGGAAACUUGUAUUACGGCCGAGUGCACCAAGAUGCGUUGUGUGAAGCUUUAAGGAAGUCUGCAGAACUUUGCGAUUUUCUCCAGUGCUUUUUUGUCCUCCAUUCAAUGGGUGGAGGUACUGGUUCUGGAGUCGGUACUCAUAUCUUGAAGAUUUUAGCUGAUGAAUAUCCUGAUGUAUACAAAAUGGACAUUGCUGUGUUUCCUUCAACGGACGAUGACGUUGUCACUUCUCCGUAUAAUACAGUUUUGGCUCUUGAUCAGACCACUGAAUUCGCUGACUGUGUGCUGCCUAUUGAUAAUAUUGCUCUCGCAAAUAUAAUCGAUAAAGCCAAAAAUUUUCAUUGUAACUCUAAAGGAAAUGUGAAUGAGCGUACGGGUUCAGCAAUUUAUUCAAAACACACAAAACCAGCAAAACCUUUCGAUGAUAUGAACAACAUUGUGGCUAAUAUGCUAUUAAAUCUCACAAGCUCCUCUCGAUUUGAAGGUACUAUGAAUGUUGAUUUAAAUGAAAUCAGUAUGAACUUAGUUCCAUUUCCUCGCUUGCACUACCUGAUUGCUUCACAAAGCCCUUUAUCAACCAUCUCUGGCAUAUCAGCUCCUAGAAAGCUCGACCAAAUAUUUUCAGAUACAUUCACCAGAGAUUAUCAGUUAAUGUCUACUGAUCCUUGUAGACAUGUUUACCUAGCAGCUGCUCUACUUGUUCGUGGUGCAAUCAGUGCAUCAGAUCUCCGUCGAAAUAUUGACAAACUUCGAUCUCGUUUAAAUUUUGUUCCAUGGAACCGAGAAGGUUGGAAAGUUGGACAUUGUUUAGUUCCACCAGUGGAUCAUAAAUACUGUCUAUUAGCUCUAGCUAACAACACUUCUAUUCAUGAAUCAUUCAGUUUUAUUUUGGAACGAUUUUAUAAACUGUAUAGGAAAAAGGCACAUUUACAUCAUUAUACAACUGUCGACGGUUUUGAUACUAGCAUGUUUGAAUCAAGCAUUAAUUCACUUCAGGAAUUAAUAAUUCAAUAUACGGAUUUUGAAAAACAGUUUAAUGCACAAGCACUACCAAAUUUACCACAGUUAGAGAUUAUGGAUUGAAUUUAUUCUCAAUUGUAAAUACAUUUUUUAGAUCCAUUUCUUGCAGAAAGUACUUUAUUGCAUUUAUUAGUUUUUAUAUUAUUCUUGUAUACUUAAAGCUUGUAUAAUUUGUGAUGAUUAUUCUUGUAAAUGUGACCUCCAUGUUUUGAACAUCUUCGUUACGUCUUAAGACGAUAAUAUAAUUUCAUCUUAGUACAAAAAAACUAUUAGGUUUAAAUGUACUUCA